AUGGCCGAGACUGAUCCGUCGUCCUCGCCCCCGGCGGCCUCCUUUGCCCAGAAGACCUCGGGCGGCAACAAUGCCUACCACAACUUCCACAAUGAUUUCCUCCACAUCCAGGAUCCCAAUGAGCGAAGAAGGCUCGCCCUCGCCGAAGUCGACAAGGCCCCGUUCGGCUGGUACCACGUGAGAGCCAUUGUCGUCGCCGGCGUUGGCUUCUUCACGGACUCAUACGACAUCUUCGUCGUCUCCCUCUUGACCCUCAUGCUGGGCAUUGUCUACUACCCUGGGACCGGCGCCAUGCCAACUACAUCCGACACCGCCAUCAAGCUGGCCACCUCUGCGGGUACCGUUAUCGGACAGCUCGGCUUCGGCGCUCUUGCAGAUAUCGUCGGCCGAAAGAGGAUGUACGGACUGGAGUUGAUAGUCAUCAUCUUCGCAACUCUGGGCCAGGCUCUGAGUGCAGAUUCUCCCGCAUGCAGCGUCGUCGGCCUGAUCAUUUUCUGGCGUGUCCUGAUGGGCGUUGGCAUUGGUGGUGACUACCCCCUGUCCAGCAUCAUCACUUCCGAGUUCGCCACGACGAAAUGGCGAGGCGCUAUGAUGGGCUCCGUGUUUGCCAUGCAGGGACUCGGCCAGCUGACCGCCGCUUUCGUCAUGCUCUUCGUCACCCUUGGCUUCAAGGAGUCCCUAAUCACAUCCAGCAAGCCAGCUACCUGCACCGGUGGCUGCUCCGAGGCAGUUGACAAGAUGUGGCGAAUUGUGGUGGGCUUCGGUGCCGUCCCGGGCUGCAUCGCCCUCUACUACCGAUUGACCAUCCCCGAGACGCCUCGAUACACGUUCGAUGUCGCUCGUGACGUUGAGAGGGCCGACGAUGAUAUCAAGGCCUACAUUGGCGGCAAGCCUGAGGGCAACCCGGACGAAAUAUCCCGCGUCACCGCCCAGAGACAAGCCAUCGAGCACCUCACUGUUCCGAAGGCCAGCUGGGGUGAUUUCUUCCGGCACUACUCGAAGCCUAAGAACGGCAAGCUUCUAGCAGGAACCUCUCUGUCGUGGUGCUUCCUAGAUAUUGCCUAUUACGGUCUCUCCUUAAACAACGCCAUCAUCCUCGGAGUCAUCGGCUACUCAACCGCAGGCGCGACCAGCACUUACCAGUACCUCUUCAACACGGCAGUCGGCAACAUGAUCAUCGUUCUCGCUGGUGCUGUCCCGGGCUACUGGGUCACCGUCGCCACCGUCGACACCAUCGGCCGCAAGCCGAUCCAGCUGAUGGGUUUCUUCAUCCUGACGAUCCUCUUCAUCGUCAUGGGCUUCGCCUAUCACCACCUCUCGCCCAACGGCCUCCUCGCCAUCUACGUCCUGGCCCAGUUCUUCUUCAACUUCGGCCCCAACUCCACCACCUUCAUCGUACCGGGCGAGUGCUUCCCGACCCGGUACCGGUCCACCUCGCACGGCAUCUCGGCCGCGGCCGGCAAGAUCGGCUCGAUAAUAGGCCAGGGGGCCAUCGCCCCGCUGCGCACGACGGGCGGCACAAAGGACAACCCCAACCCCUGGAUGAACCACGUCUUCGAGAUCUACGCCCUCUUCAUGCUCCUCGGCUGCUUCUCCACCCUACUGAUCAAGGAGACCAAGCGCAAGACCCUCGAGGAGCUGUCCGGCGACGACGACUACGCCGCCGCCGCGCCGGUGGUCGUUGCCGAGGGAGGCCCCGGCAGCGGCGAGGGGGUGCUGGGGAAGAGGGCCGGCUCGGACUCGCUCUAG